AUGGGGCAACCCGCUGCUUCCAAAGAAUUGGUCCAAACCGACAUUCGUCCAAAGAUACUGAGGCAACAAAACAACACUCAGAUGAAUGCCAGGAAACCAAAAGACCCAAAGGCCUCAAAGGAAAGAGUGACAGGUGCUAAAAAAGUCACCUUCAAUGCAGCAGGAAGAGAAGAAAGGGCCGUCUCUAAAUCUAAGCCAAACCGAGCCACUAUGAAAAACAAGUCAAGACUCCAGAUCUCUCGUCACAAGCCCAUCACCAUCAUCAAUGAGAAGAUUCCAGUCUCGUCUGCAAUACCGAAAGAGAAAUUCUCUUGUGGCAGAGCAGAAGAGCUACUAAGAGAAUAUUUACCAACCAAACUUGCCAACGUUACUUAUGAGCCUGCAAAAUGUGCCAGCCUCACUAUUGCUUUAAGUGAAGAAAUAAAACACUUGGUCAAGCAAGUCACUCCUCCUCGGUAUAAGUUAGUUGUCAACGUCACCAUUGGAAACAAAAGCAAAGAUGAGACUGUGGAUAUAGUGGUGACUAGCCAGUGUCUGUGGGACCCUCAUUCAGAUAACUUCACAUCCUCCCAGUACGUGAAUGAGACACUUUUUUGUGUUGUUUUGGUACAUGCUGUUUAUUUCGAGUAA